AUGCUAACAAAAGAGUUAUUGGAGUUUUUUAAGAAUUUAGACAUAUUCUCUGAAUCCAUUUAAUUUAAUGCAAGUAAAUAAUAACUAAAAAAAAGAACUAUUUUCGGUUCUAUUUUAACAGUCAUAAUUGCUAUUUUAACUAGCAUUUACUUCUUUUAUUAAUCAUACCUCUACUUUGAUGGAUAAAUGGAACCAACUGUAAGAUAGCAAGGCUUAGUAUCUGAUGAGAUUGAUAUGCAAUUAAAUAGUGAUAUGUUUGCAUUUGGUUUUUAUUCAGUUUUAGAAGGCAAAACUUUAAUCUAACUAGAAGAAGAGUAAAAUAAAAUAUAUAAAGUAUUUUUGGGUUAUUAUAUCACCUCAAAUAAUAAUAAAUUUGAAAUUAUACCUUUGAAUAUAGUAAAAUGCUAAAAUCCAUAAUUAAAAGGUUAUUUCUGCAUAGAUUUUAAUUAAAAUCCAGAUCUUAAGUUAACUAAUGUAGCAGACUUUAGUAGAUUAUUUUCAUACUUAACUGUACUUGCAUAUAAUUGCUAAGAAACUGAUAAAUACAAAACUACUGUUCCAGAUAAUUGUGCAGACCAAUAAUCAUAAGACCAAGUUAAUUUAAAUUAUUACUUGUAUUAUAAGAUAAAAACUUCUUAUUUUAACACAUCUUCAUAGAUCGUAUAAGAUCAAUAUAAGCUGAUGUAAAGUUUGUCUAUGUAUAAUCAAUAUAUUUAUCAAGAAUUACAAAUGUAGAAAGCAAUUACUUAAGUUAAGAAAGGAUUUUUAAUUUAAUAAUAAGAAACUUACUCUUAUUUAAAUUCAUUUGAUUCUUAAACCACUAAUUAUUCUCGUUCACAAUUUAUUUAAGAUACAAGUUUGAAAAUGUUAUCUGAAAUAAUGAUUAGAUUAGAUGAGAGUAUUAUUUACAAUAAUAUUUAAUACCCAAUAUUUACUCAAGUUUUAGCUCUUUGUAAUAGUGUUUUAGCUUUGCUUCUAAUUUUAGGGUAUUUUUGUAGAAAAAUGGCGCAAAGUUUUAUUAGAAGAGAUAUUUUUUUUAUACUAUUACAAAACUUAUUUUUAGGUACAUAUUUAAAAGCCAUCAAUUGUAACAAGAUUUUCAAUUUUAAUCAACCAAUUUAACAAUAAUAAAUUCAUGAAAAUUAACAAACUUAAACUGAAUCCGAAUAAGAAUAAGAAUAAGAAAGCUAACAUAAUAUUUUGCCACAGUGUUUGACACCAAAAUCUUGUUAAAUUGUAUUUCAGCAGCUAUUAACUAGUUAUAGUGAGAAAAAAGAAAAUGACUUUAUUAAGGAAGACUAUGAAUAAAAAUAGCCAAAUGAAAUUUUGGAAUAAAAAAUUUAGGAUAAAAAAUAAAACCUCAAACUGAAUAGGGUAGAAACAGUUUAGAAUUCCUUUAACUUAAAAAAAUAAUUGAGAGUUUUUGUCCCAAAUGCUUAAAAAAAUGAAUUAUCAUAUCAAUAAAAAUAAAAUGUCUAACAGGACGGAUCUAACAAUAUAGCAAAUAAGGAUCAAUCUACGACUCAAAGAAAUUAAAACAUUUUUAAAAAGGUUAACUAACUAAAUCAACCUGAUAUUAAUAAAAGCUAGAUUAAAAAUAUUAAUCUUAUUAAAAAGCAAACAAAUUAAAAUUUGAAAAUUUUAAAUGAUAUCUCUAUCUAGCAGAGACUUGAGAAAAUUAUAUUUACUAAUAGAUUAUUCAAUCGUAAGGGGUUUUUAAAAUCUGUAGGAUUUGAUUAAGAUGUUUAAGACUAAUUAGAGAAAUCCAUUGAUGAUAGUUUAGAUUUUUUUAAGUUUUACAAGGAAAUAUUAUUUUUAAAAAAAGCUGUGAUGAUUUUAUUAAGUAAAGAAUAGCUUGCUGCUUUAAAUAUUGUAGGAAUAGCAAUUGAAAAAAUAAAGCCAAAUUAGGGAAACACAGCGACAAGCAACUUAUCAGAUGAAAUUAAUAUAAAUCACCUCUAAGAGUAAUUUAAAGUAUUCUAAUCAAAAGAGUUACAACUAGAAUAAAUUAACCUCUUCUUAUCAAGAUGUGAAAGCAGGCAGAAUCUUGAUAUAAUUGAUUAUAGAAUACUAUCUUCUAUAUUACUGAAUUAGUCAAACUGA